UGCACGCGACCUUCGUAAUUCCUACUUUCAUCUGCUCUCUGUCCACACCCAUCUUGGGGCGGAUUAUCCAACCGCGAAAAAACAGGUAAACAUCUAUUUAUAUAGACUACUACUUUAGAUUUCUUCGGUUUCUGGCGAACCGUUGCCCCGAGGUAUGCGUCUACCUGUGUUCAUUCACCACGUAUCCAUCAACAACUUGAGUCAUCGGUGUUUGCCUGGUGCAAAAUUUCAUAAUGUUGCUGCACUUCAUUCAAGCACCACGUACCGUUCACAAUGGGAACAGCGACCUCGAAGCAGUCAUUCUCAAUAUCGUCUUACUCGCCAUUACAAAAACAACCCGAGACUCCGUCGUCUCCUGUGUUGGUAGAAUGGUUCCAAGCAUCUCCACAAUGGACUUCAGACCACAAAUCGGAAUUAUUAUCACCAAAAAACAACUGCGAGGAACCCCCACACGUGCCUUUAGCAGAACUUCUGGACAAAAGUUCUGUAUUUCCGGUAAAAUUCCCCAUUGAGAGUGUUCGAUGCCACGAACUCAUCACACACAACAUUCCUGAAGACAUUCUGGAAAGAAACAUAAAUUCGGUGUAUCCAGUAAUACACGAACAUGCCCUUCAUCUAUGUGCCACGUUCCUCAUUCACCAGAAGAAAUUCGGAAACCGCGACUUCUACCAAAAUAUGUCUUUGCUGGAUCUUAUUGACAGGUUUUUAAGUAAAAGAGCGGUUUCGUUCGUUGGUGUUACGGAUCAUUACAUGCUUUUGGAUGGUAGUGAGGGAAUUGGUGGUUGGCAGGCUGUUGGUACUAAAGAUGAAAAACCACCAUUAACAAUGGAAACGUGUCUGACCUACGACGAGAUGAGAUUGUCAGCUUUUUUAUCACUAUCGUCUCACACAGUGUUUAUCAAUGACGGUAAGAGAUACAACAAAGGCAUAUUCGAAGACGAUAGAGCAAAAUUAGAGGAUGAUGGGGUUAUCAUGGGGCUAAUUGGUCCAAGAUUGCCUAGCAAACUUGUGAUGGAGCAUAGAGACAUAAUAAAGACAAAAGAACAAAACACACUCGAACAGGGAUAUGGAAACUUGACCCCUCCAACUUGGCAAGGAACGAUGUUGGAGUUCUACGGUGACACGAAUAUAACGUAUGAAGAUUAUCUUCCACAAAUGAAGACCAAUAAAGAUCGCUACUGCGAGUUAUUUGAGGACGCUUACUUUGAUAAACUAGUCUACUGUAGAAGAAUCGCCUUGUCUAUAGACACUCUUCUGAUUGAAGCUAAUGACAGAGCUAAGAAAAUGAACAAGAUGGCGUACGUGCAUGUCGUGGGUUUGGGUCUAGGAGUUUGGAGAGUUUACUGUUACCAAGAUAAAAUUUUCAUGGAGACAUUCGCACAACGACUGGAACUUCUUUCAGAGGUACUGACAAACAUCAGCGAUGUUUGUUUUGCCUAUAUCGCACACAAAGAGGCCGGUGAGUAUAAACAUGGCGACAAAUUGGGCAAUAUAAAGUUACAUAUGGAGAAUAAAAUUGGCCCUCAUAUGAAGUUAGUCGGAGAAGAGGAAGGAAAGUUGUUGGUUGUGUCUUAUGCUUGGGACUGCAAUGCCUUACCAGGCAACGAAUUUUGGUUUGGGAGUUUGCACACGAGUAGCGAUCCGGCUGCUGCAUGUUCCACCCAAGUUGCAGAACUCCACAACUGGCACAUUAACCAGAAGGCGAGUGCGAGGAAUUUAAGGGUUGCCACUUUGGAGGGUUUGGUAACGUUUCAAAAGUAUCAGGAAAUGCACAAAGAUGACUGAUAUUUAUUAUUGGAAUUGAGAUAAUUGUAAUUUAAUAUCCUGUGUUACUUUUUAUAUUAUUUUAUAAUAUACUGUUACAUAUAAGUACACAAGUAAACUAGGGUCAGUUGCGGUGUUGGUGUAUUUUUUACUAAAAAGAUUAAUAUGUAAUAUAUAAAUAAGAAAUUGAGUUAUGCCUAAUACAUGUCUAUGUCU